CCGGUCAGGUGAAUGUCAACAUGAGAAGAAAAAAACCAAAGGCAUAAGCGUUAGAACCUCCAAACAACCACUAAAAAGAGAAUUAUCAGAUUUAAAAACCAAAACCACAG